GGCUCCAGAAUAACGUUCUCGUCAGACCCCGCCCUUCAGAUAACCCUUAUAAACACAGUCCGGACAGAUGAACUUCACUGUUUACUGAAGCACUAACUCAGCGCGGAGAGGUUACUGUCUGCCAAGCGGAGUUUGACGCGAAUCCCGGUUCAGAAAGUUACAGACCCGCCGGAGACGUGGUUCAAGACUGACACAGAGACGCGGACACCUCAGAAAUGGCAAAGUGUGAAGGAUGCGGUCCGGGGUACAGAACUCCUCUGGAUGCCAUGAAAGGUGCACAGGAGGAGAUUGUCUACGUUCCCUGUAUCUACCGGAACACCGGCAUCGAGAAACCAGACUACCUGGCGACAGUGGACGUCCUUCCUGGCUCUCUGACCUACUGCCAGGUGAUCCACCGCUUGCCGGUGCCGAACCUGCGUGACGAGCUGCACCACUCCGGCUGGAACGCCUGCAGCAGCUGCUUCGGAGACUCCUCCCGGAAACGAGACAAGCUGAUCCUGCCUGCACUCAUCUCCUCCCGGAUCUAUGUGGUGGAUGUGGGCACCGCCCCCCGAACGCCCACAAUACACAAGAUCGUGGAGCCCACAGAGUUGUUCUGGAAGUGUAACCUGGCGAACCCGCACACCUCCCACUGCCUGGCCACCGGAGAGGUGAUGAUCAGCACCAUGGGGGACCCCGCGGGGAACGGGAAAGGGGGGUUCGUCCUGCUGGAUGGGGACAGUUUUGAGGUAACAGGGUGCUGGAACCAGCCCGGUGAGGAGGCUCCCUUCGGAUACGACUUCUGGUACCAGCCACGUCACAACGUGAUGAUCAGCACUGAGUGGGGCGCCCCCAAGGCCCUGGCCAACGGGUUCAAACCAGCUGACGUGGAGGCAGGUCACUACGGGCGGCACAUUCAUGUCUGGGACUGGAGCAGUCGAACCCGGAUCCAGUCCCUGGAUCUGGGGGAGGAGGGGGCGAUCCCGCUGGAGAUCCGAUUCCUCCACAAUCCCGACGCCACGGAGGGCUUCGUGGGCUGUGCGCUCCACUCCAACGUGUUCCGCUUCUACAAAACCCAGAAGGGAGACUGGGCUGCAGAGAAGGUGAUCAGUGUCCCAAGUAAGAAGGUGGAAGGCUGGGUCCUCCCGGAGAUGCCUGGUCUCAUCACAGACAUCCUGAUCUCUCUGGACGACCGCUUCCUGUAUUUCAGUAACUGGCUGCACGGGGAUAUCCGUCAGUACGAUAUAACAGACAGCAGGAACCCCAGACUGGUGGGGCAGGUGUUCCUGGGAGGAAGCAUUCUGAAUGACAGGCCAGUCAAGGUGCUGGAAGACAAAGAGCUCCAGAGCCAGCCGGCGCCCUGUGUGGUCAAGGGUAAGAGAGUCCAGGGCGGUCCCCAGAUGAUCCAGCUGAGCCUGGAUGGGAAGCGGCUGUACGUCACCACGUCCCUCUACAGCGGCUGGGACAAGCAGUUCUACCCGGACCUCGUCAAGGAGGGCUCGGUGAUGCUGCAGAUCCACGUGGACACACAGACCGGGGGCCUGCGCCUCAAUGAGAGCUUCCUGCUGGACUUCGGGCAGGAGCCGGGCGGGCCGGCGCUGGCCCACGAGGUGCGCUAUCCGGGGGGGGACUGCAGCUCCGACAUCUGGGUGUGAAGCUUCACUGCAGCUCUCUCAUUCAUACUAUUUUUUGCAAUUUUUGUUUUUGUAAUGUUGCAUUAAUCUAUGGAUGCAUAGCAGUUUGAUCCAUUCUUGGUUUUACUGAGUUUAAUAAGACACACGAGCUUGUUACCAAGCUUGUUUUAAAACCUAGAAUGGGUGACACUGCUGUGCAACAGGACUCUUCUUUCCAUCCCUUAACCUGUGAAGUGCUGGUGGUUUCUGUGCCUUCUCUCAGGGUUGCAGUUCAGCUCCCUGAAGAAUCACGUCUCUUUAUCUCCCCCUGCUGGUGGAUCAUUUAUCUGGAGAACCGCUUAUCCGAUUGGAUGAAACUUGGUUAUUUUGAGUAGAAGUCAAGGGGCUCUAUUUUAAUGAUCUUAAUAGCGCCAGGGUCGGGUCAAUUCGUGUUUUUCAAUUCCACUUCCAAUUGAAACUGGGAUCAGUGAUGUGUUGGAAUUGAAAAGCAGGAAUUGACCCGACCCUGAAUAGCGCUGCUCUAAAUUGUAAUCGGGACUGUUCCUGAACCACGUUUCAGUGCAUCCUUAUUGUAUGUCGCUUUGUUAAUAAGUGGGUACAGAAUCACCCCUGAACGAGCAACUAGUCUACUUUUUAUAGGAAUUUAUAGAAGAGAGCUCUUAAGUAUCCCACAAGACUGACAUUCUGAGACGGCCACCUACAUUCCUUCCUGCUGGCCCUGCGUCUCUUCACUGCGAUCACUCACACGCUACGUUCCUCAAAUCAUUUAUCAUUCACAGAGACACACGAUAGCCGGUAACACGGGGGUUACUGAAGGGAGUUGCACAUGGUCUGCACGUGGGAGUUCUGCGCAGGGAUCAGUCUGCUUUACACACAGUCUGAGCAAUCAGAAGCCAAACACUGUGCUUUCAUACACUGAGCACUUCACAAAUUCACUCAUUUGUAUGUAAUGAAAUAAUAAUAAAGAUGAAGAAGUA